AUGUUUCUCCUCUUCAACUUUAAGGAGCUGUAUUACAAUAGCCUCUCAUAUCCAGGGUAUCUGACGGCGCUGUCCAGUUCGCCCGCCAAUGUGUUUCUCGGUCCUCGAACGUUGUCACGGUCUCUAAGCUCAGCCGGGACUUUGAUUUCGCCUCGACAUGAAACCACGCGUGACCAAAUAUAUCAAGUCGGACAUGACGAUCAGCACACAUCUUGUGAAUUUUGGUGUGGAUUGCGGCUGCAGUCUCAAUUAAAUCAAUCCUAUGUGCCCCCUGGCCCAGACCGUGAACAGCAACCGAGACAAAGCUCCAAAUCACCACCCCCCGAACAGACCCCGUCAAAGCCCACACCUCUCGCACAGGAGGCCUCUAAAUCAACGCCAUUGCCAUCUACCAACAAUACAUUGAUGAGCCGGGAUGCGCAUGGCAAACGGCCAUGUGGAAAACCACAGAAUGAAUUGCAUAACCCACGAAGGAAAUCAAAAAAGCUUGGUGUUUCCUUCAACCCGACCCCAACCGAGUAUUUAAUUGAUACCCUGCACAAUGUUGUGCAUCGCCCUGAUAGCGCAACGCGUCAAAACUGGACGUUUACCUCGAGAAAGCCCAACGAUCACCUUAUGCCUCCUUUAGACAGAAAACAACGGAUCAAGUUCAAAAUUGAGCACAGAGUCUCGCUCCAAGAGAUUACUGCAGACUACAUUUACCAUGUGGAUCGUUUGCUUGACCGGGCGGGUGAAGAGGGUGUCAAAGGAAAUUCUAUAGAACUGGAUGUUGCUCUGCGAAAGGUUUUUCUUAACAAAGAAUACCGUAAAUAUUUAAGAGCGCGGCAGUAUUCUGUCCAAGAUGUGGUUGCAUGGGCAUGGAUCCUCAAGAGCCGCACCCCUUACGAGGCCAUCCUCCGGAUUCUCACGUUAGAACUACAAUUAAAUCCAAAGGAAAAGGGAGGUCCCGCUACUCGAAUUAUCCCGCCUUUCAUACCCCUUCUUUUGUUGCGGCAGGGCCUCGAUACUAAGGCCUUCCGUUUACUCCUCAUUUAUUCACUGCGGCUUAUCAGCGGUCAGCCACAUCCAAAACUAGGCACAUCCAUGUCCGCGCCAAAAGAUGAUGCCCUUUUCGAUGAGGUUCACCUGUCCGACGACGCAAAGCCCUUGAUAGACCCUAAUACCUGUGCCACAUUCGUCGUUCGUUUGCUUCAUCAUGCUCGCCAACUGUGGCCGCAAGCACAGCUUCCUAUUGUGCGUACCUUCGCAUUUUACCUUACUCUCCUGGAACCAGAGGGGGCUGGUACUAUGGCAUCAGCGACACCGCGAAAUGUCCAGGUGCUGGCUGGGAAAUGCAACACAUUCCUUCGGUUACUCUCGCUACCUUGCAGACAGGGACCUUUCACUUCGGCUUCAAUACAGCAGCAAGCACAGUUCGAGCUCCUUAGAGCAAUGGCCAGAAAUCAACCAGUCCUGCCCGUCACGCGUCGAGGAUACCAAGCUAUCAUCGCGGUACAGCUAGCCCAUAAAAAAACAUUAGCUGAGAGACAAUCCGCAGAACUAAAGGCUCCAUCUUGGCCGCCAUGGAAGGAGGAAAAGCUAGGUCUUGACUCUCAGAGAGGAAUCGAAGGAUUGAGGAGCCGUGCCAUGCGAGUGAUGUCUCAGAUGAAAGAAGCAGGCUAUGCUCAUAGCCGCUGGGAGGAAGUAUCCAGCAUCUUUGCCGGAUGGGACACAGACAAGAGUCCUACUAUUCAAACAAGGACCCUAGCGCGCCAGCCAUGGCGUCUGCGUGGACGUGUUGGAAAUGCGGACCACCACGCAAUCUGGGAAGCUCGUAUCCGGGCUACAAGGACUGUGCGAGAAGCCUGGGCUUGUUUCCUGUCGUAUCGAGACCAAGACUUGCCUCCACGCGGGAGCAUCUACACUGCAAUGGCUGAGAAAUUGAUCUAUCGGCGAAACGCAUUGUAUACUAAUUUUGACCAAACGAGUCACGCUCUGCCAGGUGAUGCUUUGGAAACUUUUCCAGAACCUUUGUCUGCACGAGACUUAAUUUAUGUGCAUACGGAGCCACCCACGUUAGAUGAGCUCCUCACACAAAUGCUCUCUGACGGGAUCCGGCCGCAGGCAAGAUUCCUUUCUCUCCUGCUACGACACGCACCGACCUUUACAUCUGGCCUGGAAUACCUUAGCUGCAGUGAUUUGUCGAAUGGACAGAUCAGAGCCUUGUGCACUGUCUGGGCACAUACGUCCGUCUACGAUGAACAAAGUCGAAAAGUUGUAAACGAACUUCCCGCUCAUCUAUUUUCAGCCUUUGUAUACUUCUUGUGCAAGUUCUCGACCUUCGGUGAAUUGUCCGCCAGACAUGCGAGAGACGCCUUUCCGAUCAUAUUGGGCAGUUCGCAGAUAGCACACGGGGAGACAUCGACCCUUUUCUCCCAGGAUGAGUACCUAGGAAUUGGAAAGGAAUAUCGGCACCCGAAAACGUUAGCACACGCCGUCGAACUGCUUAGAGUACGGCAAUCCCGGUCCCCUCAAGCGUGGGGUUUUGUGUUGUCGGCUUUGAACAAAGACCGCGUCACUAGUCGUUUCCCCAAUAUGAAUCGAAACAUUCAGCGUGUUAUAGCUUGGCACGAAAUCCUAGAAAUCACAGGACGGAUGGAGCAUCACGAUAUUCAACUCGGCCUGCAGGGCUUCCAGACUUUAUGCAACGGUUUUUCGAGGGCGGUAAACGCUGGGAUCCAGAACCCCGAUGCUGUGGAAGAAGCCCUGGAGGUUGUUGGUGAUGCUGCGAAUCAAGGAAAGCUGGCAUACAUAGGUCUCGCCUGCCCGCGAUUCGAAGAUAUGGUCCAGUAUGGUCUACGGGGCCUUAAAGACCAAUUUGACCGGCUUGUUCUUCCAGACUCUAGAACUCCAUCAUUGUUUGGGUCUGGUAGACCAUCGUCCGACAAUGUCACUGAUGCCCAAGUAAUUUUGCCACCAUUACUUCAUGUGCCUUCUCCUGCCGGCCUUCACGCAUUUGUCAGAGCAUUGGGUCUGGCUGAAGACUACGAUGGCCUCUUAAGCCUUCUCCGAUGGAUGUCUCAGUUUGCGGCGCCCCUUAAGGAAGCGUCCGAUGAGUACUUGAACGGUGAUGUGAUGAUGCGACGCACUCUGGUGGCAAUGCGCUUAUUUCUCGAGGGAUACCGGGAAAGGCAGUCUUUGGAAUCGCUCCGUUGGACAGCCUCAGCUGCGCAAGCGCGUGGCUUAAGGGAAUAUGAGCAUACAAGUGAAGUUUCCACCGAUGAUUCUGAGAGCUUGUCAUUCUCCGAUCCGAAUCUGCAAGAGGCAUAUGACAUAGUCACGGCAACGCACAUUUGGGGCCCCUGGCCUAGCGACGAGGAAGUUCAGGACUAUUACGCUGUUCACUGGGAGGAGCAUGAGGCGCAAUAA